AUGAGAUAUACAAUUUAUAGAGUUAAAAAAAGAGGUUCCCCUAGUAUUACAAACUUGAUUACCAGGUUUUUGGUAAUACAAUUUCUUAUUUCACAUUAUUUCAAUAAUAAGAAUAUAAGUGGAGCCUUGGCAUUAUCAGCAAUUGAUAAACAGGAUUUAAAGAAUGUUGCCAAGAAUAUUGAGUUGGGAGCUAAAAAGACUGCUAAUGGACUUGGAAUGGCCAAAGAUGUGUUGUCUAAUAUGUACGAAUUCUCUAAAAGUAUGAAUGAAACAAUUAAUAAUUAUCAUCGUAAUAAAUUUAAUAUUGAGAAUGAAGUCGAAAGUAAAUAUGCUGAAAAGGGAGAGAAAAAGGACGAAAAAGAGGUGAAAAGGGGUGAAAGGGAAGGAACCCCUACUGAAGCUAUUAAAAAGAAAAUAACAACUGUUAAUAAGAUGAUUAAGGACAAGGUUUUGGGAGAGGAUUCUGAGUCUGAAUCUGAAACGGAAACAGAAACAGAAACUGAAACUGAAAGCGAAAAGGUGGCAGGAAAUGUUGAUAAAGACUACGAUCAAACAAAUGAGCCUAGAAAAGGUACAAAAGCCUCUGUUGUUAGAAAAGAUCCUUUGGCUAAAAAUUGGGAAAAGGUUAAAGCCAAAGUACUGAGAAGAAAAUUAUAUAAAUAUUAUACAUUUGGUAAUGAAAAUGUAAGAGAGGAAAAUUAUAACCAAUUAGAACACUCAAUAGGUUUUGAUAAGUUUCUCAGACCUUUUAUCGCCAGUUUAAGCCCAGAAUUUAAAUCCUUACUAAGAGGACAACCUGUAAACUAUUUUAAAACUUAUAUAGCAAUUUCACAAAGGUUGUUUUCGCUUACAAACCCGAUUCUCAAAAGUGUUACAAACUUUGACGGAUCAACUACUACCUCUGAAGUGGUUUCAUUUGAUCAUGAAUUACACACACCAAUUAAACCCUCAUAUUUACAGCUUUUUGAAGCGCCCAAUACAACAGUUACCCCCCAACCAACGGCGUUGAAUGGUAGAGAUUUGACCGAAAAGGAAAUAACUGAGUUGAAAAAUGAGUCGGAAAAAACAAGAGUCCGUUUAAAGAGUUGGGAGGUAGAUGCUAAUAUAAGACAAACCACUCUUCUUAAAACCCUGUAUUUAUUAGUGUCAGAUGUAACUACUAGGGAUUCAGUUACAAGACUUGAAAACCUAGCCAAAGCCCUCGGUUAUAAUAUAGUUAAAAAAGGCAAAGAUGGAACUCCAGGAUCAGGAGCACCAGUUGCAAACAUUUUAGGAGCAGAUAUGUUUUGGGUAUCUGGUAAUAAUCCAUUUAUUCUUGGUCAUCUAGCAACAAUGAUGUUGGGAUAUACUGAGUACGAGUCCUUUUUCUCAGAUUACCCGAAGCGUAGAUUUUACUCAUGGUUGGAACUGGUGAGAUCAGGUCCCGGAGGAUCAGUUAACAGAUUGGAUUAUAUGUGUGGAAUAAGAAGAGGUUCAAGAUAUGCUCGCGGUUCUAAUGGUCUUGUAUAUAAAAAGAUAUCAACAGCUAAACGUUAUGAACAUAAUGUUUCAUCUGAUGGUGUGUUCUUAUGUGAGAUGUUGGAAGUAUUACUAAGAUCAAUUAAUUUGACAAUGGAUUCCAUGGGAGAUUUGUUAAAUCAAAAAGGAGGAAGUUAUGAGCCUAAUGUGGGUUCGAUAAUUAAUGGCAAAAGAAUGCAAGCAAAAUUAUGUUCUAAUCCUGGGGAUGGAACGAUAGCAGUUAGAUGUGAUUUUGAACACAGUGUACUAGUGGGAGAAGAAACAUAUAGAGGAGUACCAGAAACAGAAGUAACAGAAUUGAGGAGAAGAUUAUCAGAAGCUUUCGAUGUUUUUCUUAUGAUGAGUGAUAUAAACAGUGUUAAUGAUGUUCCAACCUCCUGGUUCAGAAUUUUAUCUGAUCCAAGACGGUUUCGUUCAUUUUUCGAAAUGACUUUAAUGUGGGAUCAUCGAAUGUUCACUGGAAAAAAGAAGGGAACAUGGUUUGCCGAUUACAACAAAAUUGAAAAGAAAAGAAUUGGUAGGAAUCUUAGUGCUGAGAUUGUUCCACCUUAUAACGCUGUCCAAUACUAUAACAAACUCCCUUAUGAACUUGGAAUUGAAAAAAAGAAGAAAAAGAAACGUAUACUACGAUAUCGUGCCAGCCAUAGGUUCUAUAUAUAUAUGGCCUCAUCUGGCAUUAAAAAAUGGAUUGAAGAUAACAUGACGCUUAUGCACGAGACUUAUAAUUACUCUCCAUCAGUUUUACUCGGUGGUUCAAUUUCUAAUCGAUUCCGUGAGUUUUAUGAUUCAAGUAGUGUGGGUUUAGCUCACCUUUUUCUGUAUAACAUCCUCUCUAAAAAAUAUCCCGCACAAGACUACUUAAAGGAAUUGGAAAAGCUGGGAAAGGCUGAUCCAUUUUCCAGAUUUGUUGAUGCAAGUUCUAUUUUUGCACCAGAAAAAUUACGAAAAGUUGUAAAAUGGUUUUUGAAAGGCAGUUUCGUAAAACAGUUCAUGCGUGAGAAGACUAAACUCACUUUGAAACAAUUAGUAAGAUCUGAAGUUCUCAGAGAUGCUCUUGAAUCUAUUACAUUUGUAACACAUUCAAUGGCAAAUUUACAAGUCAUACAAAAUGCUGAAUAUUGGGGUCGUGCAUAUCCUAAUAGUAGCUUCUACUUCAGGAGAGGUGGUGUGAUUAGUGUUAUUGAUAAUACGAUUAAAAACUGGUCGGAUGAUGGAUAUACGAGAUCAAUUUCUGAGAAACUGAAAAAUCACGUAGACCUCAAUGAGGAUGAUUUGAAAAUAGCUGAUUUUCAACAUAUUCAUAAUAUGGAGAGUGUUAAAUGGGACAAAUCCCUCAAUACGGAAAUUCUUAAAUCGUUUAAUGAAUUCUUGGAAUUAGGCUCUGUAAAAGCAUUGGAAGGUAGAAAUCAUAUAUUAUAUGAGGUAGUAAAGGAUAGCAGAGACAAUUUGGAACAGAAUAUAGAAAACACUAUUUUCUUUGGACGAAUACUUAAUUCACCAAAAAUUGAAUCAAAUUUACGUAAAUAUUUGAGACGUGCUGUUAACUUCGGUAAUUUCAUACUCGAUCGAGCGGAAAAAAAUGUUGAUCAUGCCAUUUGGUUCGGUAUUAAACUCAAUCUAGACAAGGUAAUGAGGGUUGUUGAUGAAUUACAUAAAUUACAACGUAAACUUAGUAAUAAUGAGUCAUGGAACUUAACGGGAGCAUUUAUUGACGUGAUUGAGGAUUUAGUUGAAGUACUUACUAACAGGACUUCACGUAACCCAAUUGAUGUGCCUCUCAAUUACGGAAUGCCAACAAUCUCCAAUCUCUACGGCCGUAUGAGUGUAGAUGAGAGAAGGAUUGAGUUUCAACAGAGUAUGUGUUCGGAGCAUUGCGGGGCCAUUUGGAAAGCUAUUCUAGCCUUCACAAUAUCAACACUACGUAAUCCAGGGUCUAUCAAAUCUUACGAAAAAAAUCUAUCGUCCACCACAUCGUUAUCCGAAUUGAAUAGCCCUAACUAUGUGAAUAAUGUUAGAUUUAUAUUGAAAGGAGACGCUUGGACUGGCUUUUAUGAUACUUUAUUACCAAAAUCUAUGAAAAAGGAGCUGGAAGUUAUGGAAUUUGGUAAAUCAUUCUACAUUGCCAAUAUAUUAAAAUUGGCCUCAGUUCUAAUGAAUAGAAUGGGAUAUGUAUAUACAGCAACAACGAUGAAAGUUCAAGCCCCUUAUUUUGGUAAUUUCACAACUGAAUGGAUGAAAGAAAGGAAGAAAAAUAGGACCAAAAUCUUAUUCUCUGCUUUGGCAUUGGGUACAAUGGCAACAUACACAGUGUUGGAGUGUAUGGAUAUAGCACAACAUGCUGUGGAUAUGGGACACCCACCUGUUGAAACGUGUUGGUAUUUGGUAAAACCCCCGAGCAUGCACUGCGCAAUUGAGCCGAUAUCGAAUCUGGCAAUUUCAGCAAGUUCAGUAGCCAUUAGGGACGUGUUUUCAUCAACAAUAUUGGCUUUGACGGGUCCAUAUAUGAUGAUUCCGAUGGGAAUUUAUGCAGGCUGGACAUUACUUAAGAGACAAUUUAAGAUAUUGCAUAGAUUAGACAUGGCUAUAAGUUCAGUGUUCUCAAGGCUUUGGAGAAGAGUUAACACUAAGGAUAUGAUCAGAAGUAUAGCGAACUUGUUCAGUAAUCGUAAGCAGUACAGGAAGGAAAUAGAAGCGGCAGCAUUAGAAAGUAAACAAACUGGAAAUGAAGAAGUGAAAACACAAACAGGAUUUGCAGAUGAUGGAAAUACUUUCUCAUACACACAUAUGGACUAA